AUGGCGUUACCGACCCUCUCCUCCCGCUGGCCGAUGCGUCUCCGUCCUGUGGAGCAUCAGCUUCUGCGCCAGAGAGAGCAGGAAGCUCGGCGUCUGCAGCAGUGGCAGCUUCACUCACAGUAUUUUAAGGAGCAGCAGGUUCGCAGCAGUAAACAGGCUCAGUGGAGCUCCAGAGAGUCGUAUCAGCAGAGCAUGUCAGCGUUCCGGCGCGAGCGUCUGCAGGAGGAGAGGAGGAAGAGCCUGGAGGAGCGCAGGAAGCGUCUGAGGAACAUGUUGUUGGAGGAGAACGCACAGCUGGAGGCCGAGCUCAGAGCUUUAGGCCGGGACAGGAGCGGCACCGUCAGGCAGCAGCAGGAGCGAGCUGAGAGCCUGAGGUCAGCCCGUGAGGAGCGCAGGAAGAAGCUCGCGCAGGAGCUUCUGAAGGAGCACUGGAAACAGAACAACCCAGACCUGCAAAGGGUGGAAUCAGAGCUGCAUAAGGAGCAUGUGGUGAGUCAGUGGCAGGUUCAGCAGCAGGAGAAAAAAAAGGUGGAGGACGAGGCCACGCAGGAGAGACUGCGGUUUCAGAACGAGUACGAGAGGAACAGACAGGAGGCACUGGAGAGGAUGAAGGAGGAGGAGGAGAGGAAGAGAGCGCAGGAGAGAGAGAGAGUCGAGUUUCUGAGGCAGCAGAUGGAGGAGCUGAAACUCAGAGAGCAGGAGAGUCGGCGUCUGCAGAAGGAGGAGGAUGCUCUUCUCUUCCAGCGCUUGGAGGUGGAGCAGCUGGAGGAGGACAGGAGGAGAGUCGAGGAGAGCCGGAAGAAAUCGGAGUUCGGACGUUUCCUGAGCCGUCAGUACCGAGCGCAGCUGAAGAGACGAGCGCAGCAGGUCCAGGAGGAAUUGGAGGCGGACCGCAGGAUCCUGGCGGCGAUGAUGGAGGGAGAGGAGGAGGAUCGGAGGAUGGAGAGUGUGAGGAGGGAGAGGGCGGUGGCCGACGUGGCCUGGAUGAAGAACGUCCUGGAUGAGCAGCUGCAGCUGGAGAAAGAGCGAGAGGCAGAGUUUGACCUGCUCUACAGAGAGGAUGCUCAGAAGGUGUGGGAUCAGCGUGAGGCUCAGUGGGAGAGGGAGAGAAGAGCCAGAGAGAGACUCAUGCAUGAGGUGCUCAGUGUGCGUCAGGAGCAGCUACACGAGCGGAUGGAGGAGAAGCGCCGUGCUCGGGAGGAGUGUGAGAGGAGGAGGUUGGAGCUUCUGCAGAUGCUGGAGGAAGAAGAGAAGGAGAAACGACAGCAGAGGGAGGAACAGGAGCAGCAGCGCACCACACGCAUGCAGGAUAUCAACGCUCAGGUGGAGCGUCGACGCAGAGAGCAGUGGGAGGAGCAGCAGAGACUCGAGCAGGAGGAGGCGGGGCUGAGGGAGGGGCUUCGGCAGCAGGAGGAGGAGCUGAGGGCGGAGACUGAGAGGAUGGCUCGACGUGGCUACGAGGAGAAGAUUCGCAGCAGACCUCGAUCAGCCUGGACAUGAGGACAUGAGGACACGCCCACUGUCUCACACAGACCUCCUCUGUAGUAGUUUGUGGUUUUCCAGCUGGAGUGCAGUGACUCAGAGCGUGUGAGCAGUAAAUCUGCUGUGUGUCAGUAAAUUACAAUCAAUAAUGAUUUUUUUUUUGUUGAUUCAGCACUUGGUCAUAAAAUUGUCUGAGAGGGCGGGGCUCAGUGAUGUCGCCUCUCCAGCUACAAAAUGUGUAGUAUGUAAAGUGUCGUUCUGACAUCACAAGAUUAGUCAGCUGACCACAGCGUAAGCCCCGCCCCUUUUAGCACGUUAAAAUGAAUUGUGUGUUGCGCUUUAUAUAUCCGAGCGUCAUGUUUUAUACAAGUAGAUAAAUACAUUUCUCGUGUUUUAUUUUCUGUGAAAUGUUCUGUGUUUUUAUGAAUUUGUAUCUCGCCACAAAUUUAUUAUUAAAUACGAUUUUGUU